UCCCAUAAAUCUUUCAUGACCUCUCAGGUCCUUAAGCACUAGCUGGAAGAAAUGAAAACAAGGGAGCAACUGUGUUCAACUAAAUUCAGAAAGAGACACAAGCAGAAGACCAAUCACCAGUUGGAAAUGGAGAAAGCUAGAAGGAAUAAGACACAAAUCCCUGCUUCAUGGCGUUCGCAGGAAAGUGGUGGUUGUUUCAAUAUAUAUUUUUAAAGGCACAUUAUCUCACCUCAUUAUCAUCAGAAUUUGAUAUAUCUGUCUGAGACGGACUCCCCAACAAAAACCUUGUACUUCCUUUCAGAUUAUGCCACAUCACAUUCACAGUUGCAGUGAGCAAGCCACCUACUUACCCAGAAAACAGGAGAUUCUGCACUUUCAGGCAAAGGGUUUCUUCAGAUCAAUUGUAAAGAGGGAGAAAAAAGGAAGUGGAAAAUGAAUAAUCAAACCACAGAAUUAUACGACUAUGUGCCAUCUCUAUAUGAUACCUAUAAUGACAAUUAUGACAAUUCUCCAAAACCUUGCACUAAAGGCAGCAUCAAGAAUUUUGGAUCAUACUUUCUGCCCACACUUUACUCUCUAGUAUUCCUGCUUGGCUUGGUAGGGAACUCUCUGGUCAUUUUGGUCCUGUUCAAAUACAAGAGGUUGAAAAGCAUGACCGACAUUUAUCUGCUCAACCUCGCAAUCUCAGAUUUGCUGUUUGUUUUCUCCCUUCCCUUCUGGUCUUAUUAUGCAGCAGAUCAGUGGGUUUUUGGGGAUGGAUUGUGUAAAAUCAUUUCUUGGCUCUAUCUGGUUGGGUUUUACAGUGGGAUAUUUUUUAUUAUGCUCAUGAGCGUUGACAGAUACUUGGCAAUAGUUCAUGCUGUGCUUGCCUUGAGAGCAAGAACGGUCACCUAUGGCAUCUUUACUAGUCUUAUUGUAUGGUUAGUAGCCAUUUCAGCCUCCAUUCCAGAGCUGAUAUUUAGUGAAUCCUAUAAGGAACGCAAUCAUACCACCUGCAAACCACGGUACCCUGGUAAUUCCACAAGCUGGAGGAUUUUGUCCUCUUUGGAAGUCAAUAUACUAGGGCUCAUAAUACCUUCAGCGGUUAUGAGUUUUUGCUACUCGAUGAUAAUUAAAACCUUGCUGUACUGUAGAAGUGAGAAAAAGAAUAAGGCCGUGAAGAUGAUCUUUGCUGUCAUGAUUGUGUUUUUUGUUUUUUGGACCCCUUACAACAUUGUGCUUUUCUUAAAAUUGCUAGAAGACCUGGGUGUCAUUACAAAGUGUGAAAUCAGCAAAGAUCUGGACUAUGCAAUGCAAGGGACAGAAACACUGGCUUUUUUCCACUGUUGUCUCAAUCCGGUUAUCUAUUUCUUUAUGGGAGAAAAAUUCAAGAAGUACGUGAAGUUGCUCUUUAAGAGCUGGGAGGUACCUAGAAUGUUCUUUAAACGCUGUGGACUUGUCACCACUUACCACACCGAAUCAACCAGUUCAUUCCACACACAGUCUACUGGGGAUCAAGAUGCUCUGUAAAGAUACUGCAGUGUCUACCACAGUUAGAAGAAAAACUGACAAACAUCACAACAUUAAAAAGUGUCUCAUUUAAGCUGAACAGAUGUGCAUUUAAUAAUAAGCUAGCACCUUAAAAUAAAUGUACCAUAAGCUUU